UUAAAUCCUCAGAAAAGCUAUCCCUCGAAUUACCCCAAAUUUCAGACUUCCAUCAAGGAAGGUAUAACUUCCAAGUAAUGCUAUAUUGUUAUACGUUUUAAGCUUAGGAUAAUAUUAGCAUAUAUUUGGUUCAUAAUUUAUUUAUUGAAGAUGCACAGUUGAAGAUAAAUAGAUAGAUCGACGGCAACCGACCAUGUCUCUCCACUACGACGGGGGAGCCACCAUCAUUCAAGAUGAGAAGGAAGAAUCGUUGUCUGAAGACGGUGUCUUCAUUGAGAUAAAAAAGCUUGGAGGGAACUGUCGUAGAAUUCGGUCCAAAAUUGGAAUUGAAGCCAGCCUUGAUACUGUUUGGGACAUUUUGACUGACUACGAGAAGUUGGCUGAUCUUAUUCCGGGUCUUGCUGUCAGCGAAGUUGUUGAAAAAAAUGACAAGUUUGCUAGACUUUUUCAGAUUGGACAGCAAAACUUGCCAUUGGGUUUGAAAUUCAAUGCUAAAGGAGUUUUAGAUUGUUAUGAGAAAGAUGUUGAGAUUUUGCCUCAUGGUAAAAAACGUGAAAUUCAAUUCAAGAUGGUUGAAGGUGACUUCACACAGUUUGAAGGAACAUGGUUGCUUGAACAGUUUAGUAAAACAAAAAAUGAAGACAAUCAUCAAGUAAUUGGUGGUGAAGAAUCCUCCCACACAACACUUUCGUAUUUGGUUGAUGUAAAGCCCAAGCUGUGGUUGCCUAUUCGUCUUGUUGAAGGCAGGCUUCGUAAGGAGAUAAAGACCAACCUUUCCUGUAUACGUGAUGAAGCCAAGAGAGUUAUAACUGCUUUCACCUCUCUUUAAUUAGCAUUAUCUGUUUACAUGUUUAACAAUUUUUUUACCUAUCAAUUACUUUUUGGUUUACAUGUUUAAUAAAAUUUCUGAGUAUGAUGGUCACUUUGAUGAAAA